AGCAAGCUUCAGUUUCUUUCCCGUUAAAUACUUGCAAACUUCUAAGUUCAGAAGCCAAACUUUGUAUUAUAACAACAACAUUUUUUUCUAGAAAGACCAUGAUAAGUGGGGGAGAUGUUUACAAUGUCAUCGAAGCAAUGGUUCCACUCUAUGGUGCCCUAAUCUUAGGCUAUGGUUCGGUGAAAUGGUGGAACAUCUUCACUCGUGAUCAAUGCGAUGCCAUAAACCAGCUCGUUUACUAUUUCACCCUACCACUUUUCACCAUCGAGUUCACGGCUCAUGUCAACCCAUUCAACAUGAAUUACCGGUUCAUCGCAGCAGAUGUUCUCUCUAAGGUCAUCAUACUUGUGGUCUUAGCGUUUUGGGCCAAAUAUAGCAGCAAAGGAAGCUAUUGUUGGUCCAUCACUAGUUUCUCUCUAUGCACUCUCACUAACUCUCUUGUCGUGGGUGUGCCAUUGGCCAAGGCGAUGUACGGACAAGAGGCUGUUGAUCUCGUGGUUCAAUCCUCGGUGUUUCAGGCAAUCGUGUGGCUCACACUCUUGUUGUUUGUCUUAGAACUUAGAAGAGCCGGUUUUAGUAAUAACAAUAAGGUAGAUGACAUCAAUAUCGAAGGUGGUAGAGAAGGAACCGUGGCUGUGAGAGAGGAGAAGUCGUUCCUUAAGGUCAUGUCUGACGUGUGGUUGAAGCUUGCAACAAAUCCGAAUUGCUAUUCUUGUAUCCUUGGAAUCGCAUGGGCUUUUAUUUCUAGCAGAUGGCAUUUUGAGAUGCCGGGAAUAAUAGAGGGAUCGAUUCUUAUAAUGUCAAAAGCAGGAACAGGAACUGCCAUGUUCAAUAUGGGAAUAUUCAUGGCACUUCAAGACAAGUUGAUAGUAUGUGGAACAAGCUUGACUGCGAUGGGGAUGGUCUUGAAAUUUAUCGCUGGACCAGCCGCCAUGGCCAUUGGUUCUAUCGCCGUUGGUCUCCACGGAGAUGUCCUCCGCGUUGCCAUCAUUCAGGCUGCUUUGCCACAAUCAAUCACUUCGUUCAUUUUCGCUAAGGAAUACGGGCUACAUGCAGAUGUUCUAAGCACAGCGGUGAUAUUUGGGAUGUUGGUCUCUUUACCAGUGCUCGUCGUCUACUAUGCAGCUUUGGAAUUUAUUCAUUAAUUAAAAUAAAAUGUCAGUUAUAUAUCAAUGAUAUAGCUCCUAAUUAUAUGUUGUUGUUUUUUUAUU